AUGGACAACCGUCCAGCGCCAGAGUCCCGCUCGCAUUUCCCGUCGCAUAGCGCACCGCGAGUAUGGCUAAUUACUGCCGGGGACUCUGCAAUCGGCAUCUCUGUCGCCCGACAGGCUCUUGCACACGGAGACUAUGCGUUGCUUGGAUUGGCACAUACGGUUCCUGACCGUGAUGCGCGACGUCGAGACCGUUUCGACGCGUUCCUCGCUGAGGUCGGGGAACAUCGCGAGGAAGGAUGGCCGCAGCGAAUCAAGACUGUACCUCUGGAUAUCAGGAUGAUGGGCGAAUGCCAGGCAGUCUUCGCGCAAGCAGUUGCAACAUUUGGGAGAGUGGAUAUACUCCUGUGCUGUACGAGCCAAGCCCUUAUUGGAACCGUCGAAGAGCUUUCUGCGUCUCAACAAACCCAGAACCUCGUCCGUGAUCAAUUUGAGGUCAAUUAUUUUGGGCCUCUCAACAUUAUCAAAGCCGCAUUACCCCAUAUGAGAAGGCAGAACUCUGGUCAUAUCAUGAUUCUUUCAGGAAUAACGGCUCAUAUUGGAACCCCUGGUCUGGGCAUGUAUUGUGCAGCUGGUUGGGCUCUGGAAGGAUUCUGUGAUAGUCUUGCAUUCGAGGUCGCACCAUUCAACGUCAAACUUACAAUUGUGCAGUGCAGCAUUGAGAUUGGCAUUCUCACCAAUCUUGUGACGAGCGUGCCUCCUAUUUUUCCCGCCUAUUCACCCACCGACAAUCAUGCGCCGCUUUUCCGUGGUAUCCUCAACCACCUGGUUGCCCGACUUCCAGAAGCUGCAGCGGAAGGGUUGACUGGGAACGGUACAGUCAACAAUCAAGCCGUCGAGAACGUGGAAAGUCCACGAGUCAAUUCAAUUGAGACUGGACCAUUUUCGGCGCCCAGAGUGGUCUCAAUUCACCCACCGCUGAGCUCCGCCCAUCUUGAGAUCCUUGUGCAAGAAACGGUGUAUGCCAUCACGUCCAUUGCUGGCCAUGAGAAUCCCCCAUCUCGACACAUUGUCGGUCAGGAGGGUGUGGCCAGUGUCAAGGAGAAGCUGAAGACAGUAAGUGAGGAGCUUGAAGAUUUCAUACAGGCGAGCUUCGCAGUCGAUGUGGCAGCUGAUGUAGAACCUGGUCCCCUCACUUCAACAAUAAGUCAAACGCCUCCUUGA